AUGGAUUCGUCCGCGGCGACGGAGGCUACUGAAGCAGAGCUCGCGUUUCAGCGAGCAGAAUUCCUCGCCGAAGAUGAGUUGAUAGAGAUAAAUCCGAUGGUCAAAUCUGAUGUUAUCACGUUAAUGCGCGGCGAGUUUGGGCCGUUUGAGCCAUCAAUCACGACCACGGUGCCUUUGUGGCUAGCGCUUGCAUUGAGGAAAGUGCACAGGUGCAAAAUUCUGCCGCCGCGAUGGCUCACAGUGCGAGAACUAGACAGGUACAUCUCGCAUGAACGUGAAAACGAAGCCGAACUACAAGCAAUUCCGUUCUAUUUCUCAGAGAUUGCCUCACUGCUGUUACAUCACGCAUCUGACGACCUCGUCAACCCCGGUAUGUUGCGGCGUUGCGUCGAAGAUCUAUCCAACAUUCGAGAUAGCAAAAUGCGCAAAUGGAUGCAGGAGAACGUUCGUGACCGAGUGAACGCCAUCAAGGUGAAUAACCUGACCUUGCACGAAAUCAGCGUACAUCGCCCAAUCUUGACUAGGGUUCUCGGCAACCUAUACACUAUUCACGUGGCCCCAGAUACGCGUGGCUUAUCAUCGACCGAUAGCACCAACCCUUCCUCUGAUACAACAGGGGCAUCAGACACCCGUCCUGCCCAAGGUCGACAGCUUCGACGGGUAAUCCGAAAAACCUAA